ACUUCCCGUGGACAAGUUCAGUCGAGAAUACAAAAGUUCACCAUCCAGAGACGACAUUGACAGCGAAACACAAAGUUUGAGAGAUGGUAGGUGACAAACUAUGGCUUCUUGGGCUGCUGGUUCAUCUAUCUCUGGGAUCUUCGGCACCAGAUGAAGUUCCAGAUGCUCCGCAACUCAAAUCGACCUGUCCAAAGGGGUGGACACAGGACGGACGAAACUGCUUCACUGUCAAUGAAGAAACGGUCGAUUUUAGGGGCGCGGCCGUUGCCUGUAACGGAAGCGUUGGAAGCAUUCGCAACAUGGAGCAGAACAUCAUCCUUAAGGGAAUUAUAAAGGAACCCACAUGGAUACAUGUACAGUAUAUAAGUGAUUACGGCUGGGUUGAACCUGGAGAGCACGCAUCGCUUCUCAACUUCUCAAACCCAAAAGAAACCAUCAACCGGUCCGGCCUUUACAAAUGCGGUCUGCUGACCCCCGAGGGCACCUGGGAACUUGACGACUGCAGAGGAUCGGAGCACCCAAGUCUUUGUCAAAGGUCUCUGGAAUGUGAGGACGGCUGGUUUGGAGACAAAUGCAUGGACAGAUGCCACUGUUUCACCCCUGGCUGUAACAGCAGCUCUGGGGAGUGUUCCCACGGCUGCAAGGUGGGCUGGACAGGGCCAAGCUGCAAUAUACGUCAAAAGAAGACUGAAGCCAGGUAUCACUGUAUGCGGGAUGGUGAAGACCAGUAUCAUAUGAUUCUGAAAGUUGAUAAUCAUGGCAUCAACUUUCGCAGCGUUAACGCCCUUACCCCCGAUGGCUCGAUCAGCCAAACAUGUUCAAAGGCCAAUUUCACCAUCAACGAAGAUGGUCCGAUGUUGACAUACAUCCAUGGAAACGACACGCAAUUCUCCCCCGAUUGUUCUGCACAAAAGGUUGAUGACACUGAUCCCGUCUAUGAAUGGACGUUUCGUUUGCAACAAGUUGACGGCGUGCUGUCUCCCUAUGACACGGAUGUCAAAGUUAGAUGCAACUUCACUGAUGCUGAUAAGAUGAUUAUCUCUACACCACCUGUGCACGUAAAAAGGAAAACACAACCCCGAGAAGAAAUCGCCCCAAAUCACGUCUCUACCAAUGUGGUGAUCGUGGAUGCUAAGAGUGGGGAGGAGGUCAGCCAUGUGGCCCUUGGUCAGGAGAUCCAGAUGGAGGUUCCUGUCCCCCAACAGAACUCGACAGAUGACAGGUCUGUGAUCGGCCUUCUCUCACCCCGGAACUGUGAAGCAAAAAGUCCUGACGGUCAAUUUGUGAAAAAGAUCACGGAUUCAGAAGGAUGCGAUGUUUUCGGGUCAAAGUCGGGCGAGUUCACCCUGAAAGGCCAAGAAGGCGAGGAAAGACGUAUGCGUUCGAAUGCGUUCAGCGCUUUCGCUUUUUCUGGAUAUUCAUCCUUGAUCUUCAGCUGUGACCUCAAACCUUGCUAUAAUCCAAUUCUCCAAAACUGCAUUUCACCAUGUAGACGUGGCCGCCGAUAUGGCCGGUCUUCUGAUGAUCCUUAAACUACUCAUCGCGCCAGCAAGGUCAGUGAGGUCUCGUAUUGAGGACUAAGGAUCGAUAGAAGGAUGUACUAAGAUGCCGCAAAGUUCCAUACUACUGUAUCAGCUUAAGCAAAUAAAUUUGAUAAUUUCCUAA